AUGGGUAUCAUAACUGAAGUAUUGAGGGAGGAUAAAUACAGGGUGUUCUUCCGGGGCAGCCGAGAGCAGAGGAACUUUAAGGCUUCCCGGCUGAGGCGCCACCACGAGUGGGCCGUCGGGAAGUGGCUCCCGCCUUUUGAAAAAGGAUUCGACGAAUCGUCUCCAUUGAAGCGGCCAAAGGUUGAGGAAGUUUCAAUGUCAACUAAAGUAAAGCCCAAGAAAAACACUACUGACAAUAAUUUUAGCCCAGGAACAACGAUAAAAGUCAAUAGUGAUGAAGAUGGAUGUCAAGAUGCUUCAUUUGCUGCAACUUCUGUCAAAAAAUCAGGAUUGAAGGUGCUUGGAUUCCUGCAACUAUUGUCAAAAAAUUAG